AUGCAAUUAUUUGCCCUGCCGUCGCAUAUAACAGCGGUUCCGCAUGGCGCUAACACAGACUCUUUCUACACAACUUUGUGCAGCGCACUUGAUCUUACCUGCUCUGUCUUCCCGGUAAACUCCGUGGACCCCACUCUGGAUGACAUUCACCCACCACAUGAAUUCUACAAUCACGAAGAUGAACAUAUAUAUGGUAUCUAUGAGGCAGACAAAUUUCCGGGGUGUCCUGUCGGACUGCAGUUAAUCGGAUGCGUACAGGAAGAAGAGGCGGUUAUCAGGAUGACAGAAAUUGUGGCUGAGAUUCUGAAGGCAUCGUUUAUGGGGAUGUCGGACUCCUGA